CUCACACCUGAGAGAGCUGGACCUGAGCUACAAUCACCCAGGAGACUCAGGAGUCAGACUGCUCUCUGCUGGACUGGAGGAUCCACACUGCAGAAUGGAGAAACUCAAUGUGGAACAUGGUGGAGAGAACAGAAUGAAACCUGGGCUUAGAAAAUAUGUCUGUGAUCUCACACUGGACCUAAACACAGUAAACAGACGCCUCUCUCUGUCUGAGGAGAACAGAAAGGUGACAUGGAGGAGAGAGGAGCAGCCGUAUCCUGAUCACCCAGAGAGAUUUGAGGGCUAUAGACAGGUGCUUUGUAGAGAGGGUCUGACUGGGCGCUGUUACUGGGAGGGAGAAUGGAGUGGGAGAAGGUCUGAUAUAGGAGUGACAUAUAAAGGAAUCAACAGGAGAGGAAGGGUUGAGGACUGUGGUCUUGGAUACAAUGACAAGUCCUGGAGUCUGGACUGCUCUGACUACAGUUAUAUUGCCUGUCACAAUAAUAAUGACACUACCAUAGACGUCCGCCCCUCCAGCUCCCACAGAGUAGGAGUGUAUCUGGACUGGCCAGCCGGCACUCUGUCCUUCUAUAGAGCCUCCUCUGACACACUGACCCACCUGAUCACAUUCACCUCCACAUUCACUGAGCCCCUCUAUCCAGGGUUUAGGGUUCAUGAUGACACCUCAGUGUCCCUGUGUCAUGUGGUCCCUGUGUCAUGUGGUCCCUGUGUCAUGUGGUCCCUGUGUCAUGUGGUCCCUGUGUCAUGUGGUCCCUGUGUCAGGUGGUCCCUGUGUCAGGUGGUCCCUGUGUCAGGUGGUCCCUGUAUCAUGUGGUCCCUGUGUCAUGUGGUCCCUGUGUCAGGUGGUCCCUGUGUCAGGUGGUCCCUGUGUCAUGUGGUCCCUGUGUGGUCCCUGUGUCAGGUGGUCCCUGUGUCAGGUGGUCCCUGUGUCAGGUGGUCCCUGUGUCAUGUGGUCCCUGUGUCAUGUGGUCCCUGUGUCAUGUGGUCCCUGUGUCAUGUGGUCCCUGUGUGGUCCCUGUGUCAUGUGGUCCCUGUGUCAAACACAUGA